ACUACUUCCUCUCCUCCCUCUCCUCCUCUCCUCCUCUCCUCUUCAUCUUCUUGCGACCAGGGCUAGCAAUAGCGCUGCAUCUCGCUUGCGUCUUUCUUUAUUCCCUUUCGGUCAUCCUCCUCUUGCCCUUACCAACUGUGUAGCUCUCUUCUCUUCUCCCAUUACAAUAGCAAAUGUCGUGAUUCAGCCAAAGCUCAAUCUCCUCCCACAAAUCCGAAGAUUUGAUUACUCCCAUAUCUUACGGUCCUUCGCCUGACCCGCUGCACUCUUUGCGAUCAUCUCACUCGCAUCUUACCACCUCCUACCUCGCUAGGCCCCGCCCGCUUCGUCUAGGCCUCCCCCGUCCCUUUCAGUACUUCUGGAUUAUUCACAGCCGCCUUCGUUGGAGACAGAGCCAAAGGCUUCAUUACCUUCUUGCCUUUUGGUCGUCGUGCAGGCCUCGAGCCGGUCGCCACCCUCGCCAUGGAGGGGUUCGAUACCAUGGCCCUGCCCUACCUAGCGAGCCCGCUAUCCCUCAGCAACAUACAGGGCACCGACUACCUCAAUUCCAUGCCUGGUAUGGAUCUUCCAGACCAGCGCUCCAAUUUUGACUCGGAUACCUUUGUCAGCGGUGAUGACAUCCCCUUCCCGCAGCAUGGUUUGCCUGCGACAUUGGACCGGUUUCCAUCUAGUUAUGAAGAUCCCUUUGAUGUGAUGACGCCAUUCGAUCCCACGCCCCCAGAACAGCCUCCGGACUCGUCCAUCGACCGCAAUAACAAGUUGCUCGGCUUUUCCGGGCCCGUUUACAACUUCACAUUCCUUGAUUACUCGUUACGUCGGACAUCCUUGUCCAUCGAUGCCCAAUUGACGGGCAUGUUCUUUCUGGCAGAGUCCCCGUGGACAACCUCCCCGAACGACAAUGCCCCGCCGCAACAAGGUGCGGAGCUGACUUGCUAUCGCCGCAACUUAUUUCAGAUCUCGGGCACGGUAACUUUGCCGCGGGGGUUGCGCUACAUCAUGACGGAGCAAGGCGACCGAAUACCUAUCUUGGCGCAGGAGUUGACCGUCUCGGCCACCGAAUCGGUCGAAGGGAACUCCGUCAAGAUCAUCUCGGUGCCCUGGAAGACCCCCGUCGCGAGUGGGAACCCGUCCGCCGAGGAUGGUAACAACUCCCGUGCCGCCAACACUGGCGCCAACCCCAAGGUCGAGAAAGAGCCCCCACCGAUCCCGUUAGAUAUCAUGGCCGGUCAGAACAUGGAAUCUGACUACGCCGAGUUUUCCAUUGGAUGGAAGCGACUGCAGUUCCGUGUCGCGACCGCCAACAAUGGUCGCAGGAAGGAGCUCCAGCAGCACUUCGUCGUCCGGCUCAAGGUGGUCGCAACCUUGUCGACCGGCGCAAAGAUCCCCAUCUGUGAAGUCCGCUCUGGCCCCAUCAUCGUCCGGGGCCGCAGCCCUCGCAAUUUCCAAUCACGCAAAGACCUGCCGCUGAGUGGCAGUGCCGCGGCCUCCAGAAAGAAUGUGCAGGCCGCGCAGACGGCAGCCGUGAACCGGGUGGCUCCCCGCAAUGACUCGAUCUCCCGUGUCAACCCCACGGCCGCCAAAUCCAAGGCUCCGGCGAAGAGCACGUCGCCAGAGACCGCAUCCUCCCAAGCUGCCGUGGCGCCACAGCUUCCUUCUCCGGGGUGGACGCAGCAGGUUCAACAUCCGGGAGGGAGCGCACCCAUCCCGUCGGGGGUAUUGUCCCACUCGUCAAUGUAUUCGCAGCCUACUCCAGAAUUUUCCCGGCAGACAGAUAAUCUCCAGGAUACGAACACCGUGGCUGCCCCCAUCAACCUGACGCUCCUGGAUGAAGAGGAUGGCAGUAACCCCAUCGCCUUGCGCGAUCCGACAAGAUCUCGUUAUCCGAACGAACCGCCGCGGAAGAACCCCGCGGAUGUGGAUAGCUCGGCUCCCCCAACAAAGAUGCGCAAGGUAUCCCAUAGCACUUCCCAAGUGCAACCUAGGGAAACGACAUCUUCGUUACCCUUACUGGACACCACGAACAUGCAACAACCGUUUGCAUCGAGCCUUCCUUUUCCCAACGAGAGUGCUGAUAUACUAUAUGAGUAUUUCCCCCUGGGCUUGGACGAUUGGCAAGCGCCUGUGGACGCAGUAUAUCGACCCCACGUCGUCCACCAUACCAACAUGCCCGACAUGAAGUUCGUGGCUGCGAGAGGUAGAAGUAAGCGAUAUUUUGCUGCGGAAGACGUUUUCUGAGAGCGUGAUUACAUCUUGCACAUUCUAAGUCCGUCUCGGUUUCUCGUCUGCCUACCGGCAGCCGUGCAAAUAUCAUUCAAUAUAUAUGUUCGCCCUGCUCGGGACCCGAGUUCUCAAGUCACUUUCCAUCUGGAUGGAUUUUGGUCUAUGUUCUUUACAUCUUUCUCGGGAUCUUCUCUUCCUCAUCUUCACCUUACUUCCUCCAUUCUUUAUCUUUCCCUUUCUAUCUCGCUACGAACUGUGAAUUUUCGACAUGUAUGGAUAUGGGAUUCAACAUGGCCUGGGGUUAUUAUUGGCUGCGGAGUGAUAGGAGUAUACUACGUUCGGAAUAACGUUGGGGU